AGUUUCAGCUUCAGCGACACUGCUGAGCUUCGACGACCUUCUCUCAGCAGAUUGAGAGCUCAUCAAUACGAAUGGAAAAGUGAUUUGAGCUUUGAUCGUCCGGCGGGGCCUUUCACUGAGAAAAUACCGCCCGCCAUGGCUCAGCCGGAUACCCUGAACCGUAUCUUUCAGGAACUCAAGUCAAAAAAUGAUGAAGUGCGCCAAAAGGCAGCAUAUGAGCUGCUCGAUCAGCUUUCUACCGCCUCUAGGGAAUUAACCCCGGAGAAAUUCCAAGAAUAUUACAAUCUUGUCAAUGGCAGGGUCGCGCAGCUAGUAGUUCACAGCAAUGAUACCAACGAGCGAAUAGGUGGCAUCCUGGCCCUGGAUCGCCUCAUUGAUUUCGACGGCGAUGACGCUGCGCAAAAGACCACCCGCUUCUCCAGCUAUCUGAGAAGCGUAAUGCGAAGUAAUGACACGGCGGCGAUGGUUGUUGCUGCUCGCGCUCUAGGUCGUUUGGCUACUCCGGGAGGGACCUUGACCGCGGAGCUGGUGGAGAGUGAAGUCAAGGCCGCGUUGGAGUGGCUCCAGUCCGAUCGACAAGAGAAUAGACGAUUUGCCGCUGUUCUUUCCCUUCGUGAACUUGCUAAGAACUCACCGACUCUCUUGUAUGCUUUCGUCCCUCAGAUAUUUGAUGUCAUCUGGGUCGCUCUGCGGGACCCGAAAGUUCUUAUUCGGGAAUCUGCCGCCGAGGCCGCCAGCGCCUGUUUCGAGAUUAUUUCCGCAAGAGACGCUCAGCUCCGCCAACAAUGGUUUUCGCGCAUCUACGAGGAGGCUCUGCAGGGCCUCAGGCUCCCUUCUACCGAAGCCAUCCAUGGCUCACUCCUCACCAUCAAAGAGCUGUUCUUACGAGGAGGAAUGUUCAUGCAUGACCAUUACCGCGAUGCCUGUGAAAUCAUUCUACGAUACAAGGACCAUCGCGAGCCCUUGGUUAGAAGACAGAUAGUCGUUCUGAUCCCAAUAUUGGCGGCUUAUGCCCCAAUGGACUUUGUCACGAAUUAUCUUCAUAAAGUGAUGGUUUACCUUCAAGGCCAGCUCAAGCGCGAGAAAGAUCGAAAUGCGGCUUUCAUUGCUAUUGGAAAGAUAGCCAGUGCCGUGGGUAGCGCCAUUGCUCCCUACCUUGACGGUAUUUUGGUGUACGUGAGGGAAGGACUGAGCAUGAAGACGCGCAAUCGGAAUGUGAAUGAAGCCCCCGUAUUUGAAUGCAUUAGCAUGCUUUCGAUCGCGGUAGGACAAACUCUCAGCAAAUACAUGGAAGCUCUGCUCGAACCCAUCUUUGCUUGCGGAUUGAGCGAGUCUCUCACUCAGGCCCUUGUUGAUAUGGCUCAUUAUAUUCCACCCAUCAAGCCUAUGAUUCAGGAGAAAUUAUUAGACGUUUUAAGUCAGGUACUUUGUGGGCGGCCGUUUAAGCCCCUGGGUAGCCCUUCCGGCGGCCUACCUCCCCCAAGCAUUGGGGUGAGAGAUCAUAAAGAUCCACUGGCUGUUGAGCAACGAGAAACGGAGAUAGCGCUCGCCCUUCAUACUCUGGGCAGUUUCGACUUUUCAGGACACGUCCUUAAUGAAUUUGUUCGCGAUGUGGCUAUACGCUAUGUCGAGGAUGAUAAUCCCGAAAUCCGGAAGGCCGCCGCCUUGACUUGUUGUCAAUUAUUCGUCAGGGAUCCUAUCGUAUAUCAAACAAGUCAUCAUGCUAUUCAAGUCGUGAGCGAAGUUAUCGAAAAGCUUCUUACCGUGGGCGUUGCCGAUGCCGAUUCCGAUAUUAGGAGAACUGUUCUCCUUUCGUUGGACGCUCGAUUCGAUCGACAUCUCGCAAAAGCAGAGAAUGUUCGAACUCUCUUCCUGGCACUCAACGACGAGGUUUUCGGCAUAAGAGAGGCUGCGAUUACUAUAAUAGGUCGCCUCACCUCGGUCAAUCCGGCUUAUGUCUUCCCUUCGCUUCGAAAGGUGCUCAUCCAAAUUCUAACUGAACUUGAAUAUUCCAACGUCCCUCGGAAUAAAGAAGAGAGUGCCAAGCUCCUAAGCUUAUUUGUCGCAAAUUCGACGGCCUUGAUCAAGCCAUACGUCGAUCCUAUGAUUACUGUCUUGCUCCCAAAGGCGAAAGAUCCUAACGCCGGUGUGGCAGCCACCGUUCUCAAAGCGAUUGGCGAACUUGCAACUGUCGGCGGAGAGGACAUGUUACCAUAUGUACCUGAUCUUAUGCCAACCAUCAUCGAGGCUCUGCAGGACUUGAGUUCCCCACCCAAGCGUGAAGCGGCACUUCGUACUCUUGGACAACUUGCCAGCAAUUCUGGCUAUGUCAUCGAUCCCUACCUCGAACAUCCUCAAUUGCUUUCUAUUCUGGUCAACAUUGUAAAGACCGAACAAACGGGAACUCUUCGAAAGGAAACCAUAAAGCUAAUGGGUAUCCUCGGUGCACUCGACCCGUAUAAGCAUCAGCAAGUGAUUGAAAAGUCGCCGGAGAGCCAUCUCGCUGCUGAGACGCAACCCGUUACGGACGUUUCGCUGAUUAUGAAUGGCCUGACACCGUCUAACGACGAAUACUAUCCAACUGUUGUCAUCAAUACCUUGAUGGGUGUCCUGAAAGAUACGUCGCUUUCGCAGUACCACUCUGCUGUCAUUGAUGCAAUCAUGAACAUUUUCAAGACCCUCGGUUUGAAAUGCGUUCCAUUCUUGGGUCAGAUCAUCCCUGGCUUUGUGGGAGUCAUCCGCAGUUCAGCUCCCGGUCGUCUAGAAUCAUGCUUCAAUCAGCUCAGCAUCCUUGUUUCUAUUGUGCGACAGCAUAUUCGACCUUAUCUGAAAGAGAUUUUGGACGUUGCGCAGGAGUUUUGGGGAGCCACCGCGCAAUUGCAAGCAACCAUCCUGUCUCUCGUCGAAGCAAUUUCUCGAUCCCUCGAAGGAGAGUUUAAGGUCUAUCUCGCCGAUUUGCUUCCGCUUAUGCUGGGAGUUCUCGAAAAGGAUUCGACGCCGCGAAGAUUACCGUCGGAGAGAGUGCUGCAUACCUUCCUAGUCUUUGGGGCUAGUAGCGAAGAGUACCUGCACCUCAUAAUUCCGGUUAUUGUUCGGACCUUUGAGAAGCCACAACAACCAACAAGCAUUAGACGCCAGGCAAUUGAGACCUUGGCAAAACUCUCACGGCAGGUCAAUAUCUCAGAUUUUGCAUCGCGGAUUAUCCAUCCUUUAUCUCGAAUUCUAGCCGGUGGCGAUAUAAUAUUGAGGCAGGCGGCCCUCGAUACGCUUUGCGCGCUUAUAUUUCAGCUUGGCCAGGACUAUCUCCACUUUGUUCCUAUGAUCCAGAAGAUUCUGGCCAUAAACAAACUUACGCACACCAAUUAUGAUCUCUUGGUAUCAAAGCUUCAGAAAGGAGAGCCUCUUCCGCAGGAUCUCAGCCCUGACGAACGAUAUAACGAACCUACCGAGGACUCGCCGUUUGCAGAUAUCGGGCAGAGGAAGUUGCCCGUGAAUCAGCAACAUCUCAAGAACGCUUGGGAGGCAUCGCAGAAGUCCACUCGUGAAGACUGGCAGGAGUGGAUGCGACGGUUUAGCGUGGAGCUUCUCAAGGAAUCACCCUCUCAUGCCUUACGCGCUUGUGCGGGCCUUGCUGGAGUUUAUUAUCCAUUAGCCAAGGAUCUUUUCAACGCAGCUUUCGUAUCGUGCUGGACCGAGCUAUACGAUCAGUACCAGGAAGAAUUGGUCCGCUCCAUUGAAAUAGCUCUAACGUCACCCCACAUCCCUCCCGAAAUAUUACAAAUCCUGCUUAACCUUGCCGAAUUCAUGGAGCAUGACGAAAAGGCCCUGCCAAUCGAUAUAAGGAUGCUAGGAAUGUACGCAUACAAGUGCCAUGCUUUCGCCAAGGCACUCCACUACAAGGAGCUGGAGUUCCUACAAGAUCAAAACUCGAGUGCAGUGGAAGCUUUGAUUAGCAUCAACAAUCACCUUCAACAAUCUGACGCUGCGAUCGGUAUUCUGCGCAAGGCACAGAAUUACCGCGAUGUGGAUCUCAAGGAGACCUGGUUUGAAAAGUUACAGCGCUGGGAGGAAGCACUCCAGGCUUAUCAGCGUAGGGAGCUCGAGGAGCCAGACUCAUUUGAGGUUACUUUUGGCAAAAUGCGAUGUUUACACGCCUUGGGCGAAUGGGACGUCUUGUCAUCCUUGGCUCAGGAGAAAUGGGUCCAGUCUUCGACAGAGCAUAGGCGAGAAAUUGCGUCUUUGGCUGCAGCCGCCGCUUGGGGUCUAGGCCAAUGGGAACUCAUGGACAAUUAUCUGGCUGCUAUGAAGUCGCACUCACCUGACCGAUCCUUCUUUGGUGCAAUUCUUUCAUUGCAUCGUAACCAGUUUGACGAUGCGGCGCUCCAUAUUGAACGGGCCCGAGAAGGUCUAGACACUGAGCUGAGCGCUCUGCUAGGCGAGUCUUAUAACAGAGCCUACACUGUAGUCGUCCGGGUACAGAUGCUUGCGGAGUUGGAAGAGAUUAUUACCUAUAAGCAAAACAGCAACAACCCUGAGAAGCAGGCUACCAUGCGUCGGACUUGGAUAAAGCGUCUCAAGGGCUGCCAGCGCAACGUUGAGGUUUGGCAGAGAAUGCUCAAUGUUCGCGCGCUGGUUAUUUCGCCAAAGGAAAAUCUUGAGAUGUGGAUCAAAUUCUCGAAUCUUUGCCGGAAAUCCAAUCGCAUUGGGCUUGCAGAAAAGUCGUUGGAUUCCUUGCUUGACAUAAGCGAUGAGACCUCGUCCAUUUCAUCAGCAAUUCAAGCUCCACCGCAGGUCAAGUAUGCGCAGCUGAAAUACAAAUGGGCAACCGGCGCUCAAGAAGAGGCACUCACGAGCCUCAAGACGUUCACCGCAAGGAUGACCGAUGAUCUUGUUACAGCGAGGGCAAGUAUUCCAACUACAAACGGCAUUAAUGGCAACGGCAUGAUGCCCUUGACAAAUGGAAUAAACGGAACUGCUGUAUCUACUAUCAAGGACUUGGAUGAAUACUCGAAGCUCCUUGCCAGAUGCUACUUGAAGCAGGGUGAAUGGCAGGCGGCUCUAAAUCGCGGCGAUUGGCAGCACAGAUUUGUCCAUGAAAUUCUUGCAUCCUUCUCGGCGGCAACUCAGCAUAACAAGGAUUGGUACAAGGCCUGGCACGCUUGGGCUCUCGCAAACUUUGAAGUCGUCACCUCGCUUACCAGGGCCCAGCCUGAGGUUGUCGUUGUGCCGCAAAAUAUUGUUAUUGACCACGUCGUACCAGCCGUCAGGGGCUUUUUCAAGUCGAUUGCCUUGUCUUCCGGAAGCUCGCUUCAGGAUACUCUACGGUUGCUGACUCUUUGGUUUGCACACGGUGGCCACCAUGAGGUCAACUUGGCAGUUGUUGAAGGUAUCGCGUCUGUCAGCGUGGAUACAUGGCUUGAUGUAAUCCCGCAGCUGAUUGCUCGGAUCAACCAGCCUAACGCGAGGGUCCGCCAGUCCAUUCAUAAUCUUCUGGCUGAAGUUGGACGUGUCCACCCGCAGGCUUUAGUGUAUCCGUUGACCGUGUCCAUGAAGUCGAACUUGGCACGCCGUUCCCGCGCGGCGGCGCAAAUCAUGGAGACUCUCCGGCCCCAUAGCGCCAACCUUGUCGAACAGGCUGAUGUCGUCAGCCAAGAACUCAUUCGUGUCGCUGUUCUAUGGCACGAGCUUUGGCACGAAGGGCUUGAAGAAGCUUCACGAUUGUACUUUGGCGACCACAAUAUCGAGGGCAUGCUUGCAACGCUUGCACCUCUUCAUGCUCUCAUCGACAAGGGACCUGAAACGCUACGUGAGAUUUCAUUCUGCCAGCUGUUUGGCCGUGAUCUCCAAGAAGCGCGAGAUUGGUGUCAAACGUAUCGUCGCACUGGUGAAGUUGGCGAUAUCAAUCAGGCCUGGGAUCUUUAUUACCAAGUUUUCAGAAAGAUUGCGAAACAGCUCCACCAGAUCUGGUCACUUGAUUUGCAGUACGUUUCGCCGAAGCUGCUCAAUGUUCGUGACUUGGACUUGGUCGUUCCAGGCACAUACCAGAGUGGCAAGCCAGUCAUCCGGAUCGUGUCGUUUGAUCCUACAUUUACCGUCCUGAAUUCGAAACAACGGCCUCGUAAAAUGAGCCUCAAGGGCAGCGACGGUAACUCGUACACCUAUGUCCUCAAAGGGCACGAAGACUUGCGACAGGACGAGCGAUGCAUGCAACUCUUUGGGCUGGUUAAUACACUGUUAGCAACUGAUUCAGAGUGCUUCAAGCGCCAUCUCAACAUUCAGCGAUACCCUGCCAUUCCUCUUUCGCAAAACUCUGGACUUCUCGGAUGGGUGCCAAACAGCGACACUCUUCAUGUCCUCAUCCGCGAGUACCGCGAGAGCCGAAAGAUUCUUAUUAAUAUCGAGCAGCGGAUAAUGUUGCAGAUGGCUCCAGACUAUGACAACCUCACCCUAAUGCAGAAAGUUGAGGUCUUUGGAUACGCCCUUGACAACACCACGGGCCAGGACCUGUACAGGGUGCUGUGGCUCAAGAGCAAGAACUCGGAAUCAUGGCUCGACCGUCGUACAAACUUUACACGCUCACUUGCAGUCAUGUCGAUGGUAGGAUAUAUUCUUGGUCUUGGUGAUCGCCAUCCGUCCAACCUGAUGCUGGAUCGGGUUACCGGAAAGGUCAUCCACAUUGACUUUGGUGACUGCUUCGAGGUCGCCAUGUACCGUGAAAAAUACCCUGAACGAGUGCCUUUCCGACUCACCAGGAUGUUGACCUAUGCGAUGGAGGUCAGUAACGUUGAGGGCAGCUAUAGAAUCACAUGCGAAGCAGUGAUGAGGGUUCUUCGAGACAACCAAGAAUCUCUCAUGGCUGUCUUGGAAGCGUUCAUUCACGAUCCGCUCCUCAACUGGCGUCUUGGGAACCGCGAAUCGCCUCCUGAGCCAUCCUUCCCUUCGGAACGCCGGCAAUCGCUUGUCGGAGAUCUGGAGCAACGUCCUGAAUCUCGACCCCGCGCGCGUCCGGCUCUCAUUGAUGCUGAACCGGCUGGACAUGAGGCUAGAGAAGUACAGAAUGCCAGAGCGCUUCAAGUGCUCUCUAGAGUCAAGGAGAAGCUCACUGGCAGCGACUUCACCCCCGGUCGGGAACUCAAGGUUCCGGAACAGGUCGAUAAGCUCAUCCAGCAAGCCACCAAUCUUGAAAACCUCUGUCAGCAUUGGUACGGUUGGUGCAGCUACUGGUAGAGUAGGUCGUUGGCCGCAAUUGGAUAUCAUAGUGGCUGGCAUAGGGAUUUAUUCAUGCUCGGAGUUGCUACGGAAGCGCUAAACAUUUCAGGGAUAACGUUUCGAUUUGCCCGAUUAUUAUUUUCCACAGUUUUCCCCAAUUUCUUUGUGACAUAUUACUUCCUUGUCUUAUAACACAUUGGGUGGAACUUGAACUCUGGCGUUUGGCUAAGUCUAGCAUCGGGGAUUGGUCGUUUCUUUUUGUUAUUGAAUGUUGCUAUCUAAGGGUCGUAUUCAAGUGCCGUUGCCUUUUGCAAUGGCUUUUACUUUAAUUAACCAAUUUUUCUAC